ACCCUCGUCUUCCGGCCAUUCCCUCGCUGUUCUCAUAGACUUUAGACAGCCCAGUCCUUGAUUCUUCUUGACACGGUUCUUACCCUGUAUCCUAUACAUUAAAAACUAGAUGUUAUUGUUUUAAGAAGGACUGUUGCCUGGUGCCCUUUUAUUAAAUAUUUAAAAAUUGAAUGGAAACACAUUGUAAAUUACAGUGAACGAUCUUAAAAAAAUUACUUACAGUGGUCACUAUGGUGUUGAAAAUUACAUUUUUUGUCAACAUACAUUACAUUUUAUACUUUAUUCUCUCUUCAUUGCCAUUCAGCGAGCCAAUGGUAGUAAAAGUACCGAUGCGGACGCCGGCAGAGAUUAGAGAUGCAUUAAUGCGGCAUGGUAUUGUCCCUGAGUUAAUCGAGAAAGCGCCAAAAGAUGCGGUCGAGGUUACCUACGGGAAAAAUAUCGUGGAUUUUGGAAAUAACUUGACUGAUAAUGAUAUAAGAAAUGAGCCAACCCACGUUAGCUGGCCAGCGGAAAAAGACUCAUUAUACACGCUCAUGCUGAUAGGGCCCGAUAUCCCGACUCACGAAAAUCCUGAAGACAAAGAAUGUCAGCACUGGAUUGUUGCCAAUAUACCGGGGGACGAUCUUAAAAUUGGCCACUAUCUAUCAGAAUACGUUGGAAUCCUGUCUUUUUAUGAACGAGGCACCCAUCGUCUUUUAUUCUUGGUGUUCAAACAAUCAUCAAAAAACACGCCACUCAAGUUUGAAAAGAAGGAAUAUUUAGCCAAGAAAAUUGUCGGCUAUAUGCGGGCAUUUUUCGUGUUUAAGCCUUUUGCAGCGAAGUAUCGUCUAGGAGAACCAGUCGCAGCGAACUUCUUCUUGGUUCAAACCAAACCCCAUCAACGCAAUUUUAGUAAUAUUCAAGCCGGUUUAACCGCUCGCCACAAGACGGCCCCUUUGACUAAGGACAGAAUGCUUGCGAGUAUUUAUGGAAAGUAUUUUCGUUAAAAUUGUUGAUCAAAUUUCUAUCGUUCAUUUUGCUGGAUACUAUAUUUCUGCCAGCUUGCUGUUUUAAUCAUGCUCACAGAUAUAACUUGGACGUAUUUCUUUCAAACGGAACUAUGUGCAUUAUGACGUGAGCCGUGCCAUGCAUGUAUACUCAUGGGUCUUAGAACUCAUGUCUCAAUGCACAUAGUUCUGUUUGGCAGAAAUUCGUCCACCUCAUAAAGAUCGAUGUUUGAAUUUUUUUGCUUGUGAUUAAAAUUAGGAUAUAAUUUUUCAUUUUGUGAAUUUAACAUAACCAUUCAAGGAAAUAAAGACAUUUUUUACCGCUUUUAA